UGUAAUUUUUGGCCGGCUCUGUGGAAAUGAACGUGGCUUCUUUUGGAUAUUGUUCUCAUCUUAGUUUUCUAGGAAUAUUAAUGUAAAGUGUCUAUGUUCAUUCUUUGAUAACCUGUUACUGGGAGAGGCUCUGGAGCCGCAGGAUGACCUGAAGGUGUCCGCGGCAUGCUCCUGUCGGUGGACGCCAGCGCUGCCGCCGCCAUACAUGCCUAUAUCCUGGGGUAGGACGCACCAUCCCAUCGGAGCCAGUAACUUCGGCAGACGCCGAUCCUGUUUGAGAAAUUUAACGAUAUCUGCGGCCCAGACGGAAACAUCUGUCUGCAGUCGCUGUGACAGUUUGAGGCGGAAGGUGUGGCUGCGUGACGGGUCCGUGUUUAUGUCGAGCCGCAGCGGUAGCCAGCUGACUCUCUACACGGCAACUUGCUCGAUCUACCGAGGGCUGUAAACGUGUGCCGAAGUGUCACCCCUGCCUGGGUGCCAUGGUCCUCUGUUACACAUGAGCUCUACUAUGUGGUACAUCAUGCAGAGCAUUCAGAGUAAAUACUCCUUGUCCGAGCGGCUCAUCCGCACCAUCGCCGCCAUCCGCUCAUUUCCACACGACAACGUGGAGGAUCUGAUUCGUAAGGGCGCUGACGUAAACCGGAUGCAUGGGACCCUCAAACCCCUUCACUGUGCCUGUAUGGUAGCUGAUGCCGACUGUGUGGAGCUGCUGUUGGAGAAGGGCGCAGAGGUGAAUGCUCUGGAUGGUUAUAACCGCACGGCUCUGCACUACGCUGCAGAGAAGGACGAGAGCUGCGUGGAGCUGCUGUUGGAGUACGGCGCCCAGCCGAACGCGCUGGACGGCAACAAGGACACGCCCCUCCACUGGGCCGCCUUCAAAGACAACCCGGAGUGUGUGAGGGCCCUGCUGGAGAGCGGGGCCUGCCCCAAUGCCCGGGACUACAACAAUGACACGCCUUUGAGCUGGGCAGCAAUGAAGGGCAAUCUGGAGAGCGUCAAGGUUCUGUUAGACUACGGCGCCCAGGUCCAUGUGACCAACCUGAAGGGUCAGACCCCUAUAUCCCGGCUGGUGGCCCUGCUGGCCCGAGGCCUGGGCACGGAACAGGAGGAAGAGUGCUUGGAGCUGCUUUGCCGAGCGGCGGGGCGCUUCGAGAUCCGGCGGCCUGACGGCACCCUUCCCAAGGAGCUGAGCAAAGACCCCCAGCUGCUGGCGAGGCUGUCCAACAUGGUGGCUCAGGCGCCCACGCUGCGCUCGCUGGCGCGCUGCGCCAUACGGCAGAGCCUCGGAGUGCAGUUCCUCCCCACCGCCGUGAAAGAGCUUCCCCUACCUGAAACGGUUAAAGACUAUCUACUACUGAGAGACUGAUGACGGCGGCGGCGGCGGCGGGGGAGGAUCCUCAGACCUCAUGGGCUGAUGAUUAAACAGCUCGUCAUACUGCUUUUAUUGGCAAGUCGAUACAGAUGUAUGUCUUUUUUUAUUGUCUUGUAUUUACACAACAUCUGGAUGAGGAGUGAUUUAAGUGCAGACUGCUGUGUUUAAUCAGUGUCAUGUGAAUGAACAAGGCAGGACUUGCACACUUUCAACUAAACAGCUGUUGGUUUUUCUUUGAAGUCUGGUAGCAAAAAGAAACAACCCCUUCCCCCCCCCCCGCCAAACUAAAGCAACAGAUUUGCUCGACUUCCUCGUGGGAAUAAACCAAGAUCAAACAAGUUCUUUGAUCACUUAGCUAUGUUCUAAAAAGCUAUUCAUUAGAAUAUUUUAGAAUGCUUAUUAUUACUCAUUUUUGCUUGAUUAGGUUUGUAAAUGAAACUGUGUCGGACUCAGAAGAUGGCUUUGUUUAAAAAUGAUAAGAAACGUACAGUGACAUGCUUUCAGCAUGCGGGAAUAAAAAAGAAAUAAGUCAGUUGAUGAAUGACGUAAUUAUGAAGGUUUUCCAGUACUUUUUGUGAGAUGCAAUACCUGGGAAGCGUAACCAUAACCUUUUAACUUCUCCACAUUUUACCACACGACAACCACAAAAUUUCAAAAGUAGAUUAUAUUUAUGGUGAGAAAAUAAUUGAUGCUUCAAAGUGACCAUCUUCUUUACAAUAUAGUUCAAGCUCAUUCAGAUUACAUGGAGAGCUUCUCUGGACGUCUGUGUUUAAUAUCUUGCCUGACAUUCUCAGUUGGAUACAGGUCUGAACUUUGACUAGACCAUGUAACACAUGAGUAUUAUAUUAAAGUUAUUUUCCUGCUGGAAGGUGAACCUCUGCAGAACCCACCCCCUCUGCCCACACACACAUUUUUCAAAUCUAACCAAAACAGUCUCAGACAUUUUGAGUUUGGUCAGUUCAGGUUUUUGCAGCAAAAGUUUUGUUUGUGUUGCUACCACUUUAAGGAUUUUAAUAACAGUUUGAGGGUGGUUCAGCAGAGCCCAACCACACCCCUUCAACCUUACCAAAAUCAGUUAAAAAUGAUGUGUAAUGUUUGGACGCAAAGAAAUUUGGUUUGUGCUGAAAAUAUGAAGGUGUAAAAGAACAAAAAUGACACCACUUUUGUUUUGCUGUGACAUUUAUGUGUUUUUCUUUAGUAUCUUUGACACUAUGACGGCAGAGAAAAUAUUUUUACUUCAUUUAACUUCCCUGCGGUGCUCACGCACUUAAACAUGGAUAAUUCACCAUCCACUUCACAGUUGUCUUCUACUUUGUGAAGCCCCACAAAGUAGGGGAGUUAACAUAAACUCCCACUAAAAUACACUGAAAGUUGUGGUUAUAACGUGUUGAAAUGUGGAAAAGUUGAAAGACGUUGAACUUUUUUUUGCCAGGCACUGUGUUGAAAUAAUUUGUAUGAUACGUUUUGGUUGUGAUCAGUUUGUGAUAUUCACUAAGAAAAUAGCAUUAAACACAAACACACACACACACACCUAUUUGGAGCAGGAAAGAUUGUACCAGAUGGGAACAAUUGUAUUUAUGUUGUAGCAGCAGAGUGAAGCUGAUUAUUAGUGUUGGUUUCACUUAAGUGUGCCAGGUAGUCUUCUGAAUAUGUUCAACGCUAACAAAAGUGGUAUCACCACGCCUGCUGUCAUGUUUGACUCUCUGUUUAUUUGGGCUUUAUUGAGUGUUGUUUUUUUUUUUUUUUGUUUCUACAAUGGAGGUUUAAACUCGCAAAACAUUUUCAAGGGUGCUCACGGGUUCCAAAACUGAAGUCACUUUGUUUUAAAUUCAAUGUUUAAAUGUUAAAACCAUCAAAUGGCAUGAUGAGUAAGUUUUGUCUUUUGUAAAGCCACUCAAUGAGCUGGCAAAAAUUUGUUGGAGGUCUGAAAUCUGACCGUUUCUUAAACUUAUUUUGUCUGACUGUUCUGUAAAUAUACAUUUAAAUUAACCAUACAAUUAGUUCUUGUGUAUGCCUGCAAAGGUGCUGCUUUUCUUUGUCAAUAUAAUGCAAGUAAAUGCCUUUUUCUUUGCC